GCUCAUUUAAGCUGGGGGUGAAUCAUUGUGGUGCAUUUAUAAUGCAAAACAUUUUUUCUGUUGAGUGGAAGUUUCAUGCUGGGGUUAGCGAAGCAGUAUAAUACGUUGUGGAGACAGGAGGAAGGAAAACCCAGCGGCUCAAGCUCACCAGCACCCAAGUUUAAUAUGAGAACCAUGGCAGUGGCAGGCUGGGUCUGCUUGUUGGCUACACUGCUGUCUCUGGCAUUUGCUGUGGCACACAACCACAGUGGGGAGACAGACACCUACUAUGUGAGUGCCGGACACCUAUUUUUGCUGAGGUGCCACAUUGCUGAUACACACACUAGAGUGACAUGGAGCAUAGCAGGGAGCCACAACCCAAGCCUGCCCUCUGGAGUGAAAGUCAGGAAUGGGUUACUGUGGUUUCUACCUGUACAGACUUCCCAUGGUGGUGACUACACCUGUGAGAAAAGGGAUGAGACUGGAUUAUCAAAGAUGAAAUUUACAGUGUCUGUGUUCAAUGGAGAGUGUCCUGAUCCACCCGAGACUGUAUCCAUAACCCUGGGAAACAGUAGAGAACUUCCUUGCAAACAGACAGAAAUUUUCAAACAGAAAAACAAAAGCAACAUACGAUGGAUGAAGGACUGCCACCAAAUGAAGCCCAUCUUUGUGGAUGAUAUGACCGGUGACAUGAGGCUGCAUAAAGUCUCAGAGAAGGAUGCUGGGAAAUACACCUGUUUGGUAGACAUUAAUGUGGAUGGCAGGAUGUAUACCGCUGCACGCAGCAUCCAGCUAACUAUUAACACUUAUGUGUUUUUAACCCUUGCAGAUCCACCUCCUGUAGAACCUGAGCUGGUGUACCCUCAGAAUGACGUGGUCACUGUUGAAGUGGGUAAGAGAGCAGAGCUGAAGUGCAUAGCCUACGUAGGCCUUGGAGAGGACAGUGACACACUCAUGUAUUGGACUGUUGACGGGACUGAUAGUGAGGAGCAUGAGGAACUCAAGGAGUCCCGGCAGUUUACUCCUGAAAAGGACAGGGUGUUUGGUCUGUCCAUUCUGUCCAUCUCCAAAGUUCAUCGUAGGUUUCUGAAUGUACCAAUCAAAUGCACCGUGAGCAGCUCAGUUGCAAGCAAAUUUGGCUGGGUUUUGCUUCAAGAAGCUGACCACAGUGCCUUCUAUGCCAGUGUUGCUCUCUGCCUUGCUGCCUCUUUGACUAUUCUGGUCCUGGCUUCAGCCUUCCUCUUCUUUAAAGUAGAAGUGGUGUUGGCCUAUAGGAAACUGUCAAGACAUUUUUCCAAACAAGCUCCAGAUGGGAAGCUCUACGAUGGCUAUGUGAGCUUCCUUCAUCCCGACACCCUGAGUUCAGAUGAGAUGGCGACUUUUGCCCUGCAGAUCCUUCCUGAGGAACUGGAGAAAAAACAUGGCUACUCCCUGUACAUCAGAGGACGGGAUGACUGCCCUGGAGAAGCUGUGCCUGAUGUCAUUGCUUCUACAAUGCGCCAGUGUCGCAGACUGAUAAUCAUACUGUCACCUGAGGCAAAAUCUUCUGCUGACAACAAAACAGAGGAAGAAUCACUCUUGUGUAAUCAAAGCCAGCUGGGAUAUGAACAGAAAAUUGGCAUUCAUGAUGCUUUGACCCAGAACGACCUCCAAGUGAUUCUGGUGGAAAUUGGUGGUCCAGUGGAUUACAGUUGCCUGCCAGAGUCUCUUCACUAUAUCAAAAAGAAACAAGGAGCUCUGAAGUGGCGGAAAGCCUCUCUUGGAACCCAAAAACUCACCACAUUACGCUCAAACAGAAACUUUUGGAAGAAUCUGAGGUACCACAUGCCUUCACUACCUGCAGCAAGACACCAGACUAUUGUCUAAACCAAGUGGAAGAACUUAUAUUUAUUCUCAAGUUUAACAGAUGGGAUCCAACGAAGAUGUUUUGUUUGUUUCAUCAGGACCUCCUGUUUCCCAGAGACAGAUCACCUGAAUUAUGUGACACUGGGAUUGUUGAAAACAAGCAAGACUAUAUGCCUUGCUCAUUGACAGCCCGCAUAAUAAAUCCCUCUCAGCAAUCAUGGUUUUAAGACAAUUACAGACAAUUAUAUCUUUGGCUCUUACCUUCUUGUUUGCUAGAACAAAGGGGUUUAACACUAGGGUUACCAGUAUCCUUUAGAAUUUUAGCCUAUUUAUGCAUUGAUUAUUAUUAUUGAUGAUAUUAUGAUAUUAUUUAUAUUUUAGGUUAUUGUGGUUUUGUAAUUGCAGCAGUCACUAUUGUUUUUUGUAUUUCCUUUUAUCCUUUCACACUUUCUUGUGAAAGUAACAAAAUGGUUUAAAGAAAGAGAAAAACUUUCAAGAGCAGCUGAAGAAUGAUCAGAACAAAAAUGAAACCAGUGGUGGAGCCAGCUCAUAGGGGUGUCAUUGGUGUGUUGUUUUUCUGUUCGUUUUUUCUACAUGGUAUGGUGUUAUAUAGAGGUUUAUUAUGAUGAUAAAAUAAGUCCCUGAUAGUUUGUGGAUAUGCAGGUGGUAAAAGAGAAACAGUACCAUUUUAUUUAUUUACUAUUACUAUUUUAAUUAUUUCUAUUGCUAACAUUAUUGGCAGUUUUCAGUACUUUUGCAGCUUGUAGAUUUAAUCUCAUCUCUGUUCUGAAAUCAUCCCUGGUAAAUGUGUUAUCCUUUGUUGUCUUUGUGAAGUCCUUGUGACUGAGGAAAUGUGUUGCUAAUGUGACUGAUGAUUAAAAAUACUAAAUCAUUA